AUGCCCUGCGCGUUAAGUUCAUCCUUCCUCCGACUACGCUUCGCCUUGACCCUCCUCCUGAUAACUCAUUCACAACCGACGCGAUCAGUUUCGAGUAGUGGACCUCAGAAUUACUUUGUCUUUCCUCCGAACCAAGGAGAUUUUCCAGACGGCAUUAUGACCUACACAUUCGAAUAUGGCUCUACACCGAAUUUCGAAUGGGUCAUGAACGUCUCCUCUGGCAUUCAUCUCAUACUUUGCUACGACGAAUGCACCCAUACGAACUACAUCCUCUUGAAUACUUCACCCCUCGACGAGUUCGCGGGUCCUCUGACGUUUCCUGACAACAUCUUCCCCUUUCGUUACACUUCGGGCUUCUAUCUAGAGCUUAUGGAUGAUCUGACCGACUAUGCUAUCGCUUACUCGAUGAACUUCACCAUCGUCCCUGCGGGCACGCUUUCAAGCAUGUCCUCCGAGGCUGCAACAACCAUACCAUCGAGUCUUUCAAUCACGUCCUCCAAAGCGGCAACAUCCAGCCCAACGAGUUCCGCCCCUGAAACAACUACAAGCAGCAUUUUUUCUGCCAGCUCAGUACAAAGUUCAACCAGGACAGCAGACACUACCAAUACUGCUGCAACUUUUGAUGCGACCCCGUCCUCAAGAACUAGCACUUCAUCCUCCCCCAGUCCAACCAGCGCACCGUCUUCGACCGGUGCAGCUGCCUCCGACCGGCCCUCUUCCUGCCCAGACUGUCAAGAAACAGGAACAUCAAGCGAACCAACUAUAUCUGGCAAGACGCUCAAUCUGAUAAUCGGCCUGGUUUGCGGCACUACGGCCGCCGUCAUCGCAGUCGCAGCAUUCCUGCUGCUACGCAGAUAUCGACGCAGACGUCAAGAACGAGGGAAAGAGCAGAAGGUUGAGAUCCCACAGUGCACUGGAAGGCCCCACGAAAGAAGCAACAACAACUCAUACACGAGUCUUCCUCCCUGGAACCUGUCCGAGGAAGCCACAUACGGAUUCCGAAGCCCGUCAUCCUGGCAAGUCUCAAAUCAUCACUCCGUGGCAGAACUCCCAGCUCAAAGUCGCGUAGCGGAACUGCCUGGCUGA